AUGGCAUCAACUGACAUCGAGACCCGUCUUUUUAUUGAUGGCAAGUUUGUGGCAUUAAUCGACGGAGCCAAGUUUGAUGUGAUCAAUCCCUAUAGCGGCGACGUUGUCGCGCAAGUGUACGAGGGUCGGGCAAAUGACGUUGAUCGCGCAGUAGAGAGUGUUAAAAAGGCGUUUCCCUUCUGGUUAGAGGUCGAUGGAUGUGAACGUCGCCGUCUCAUGCUGCGCUUGGCUGAUCUGAUGGAUGAAAAUGCCGAGAAAUUCGCCCGAUUGGAGGCUAUGUGCAUGGGAAAACCGGUGUCUACGUACAUGGACCAAGCCCUGGGCGGGGCAACACUGCGAUACUAUGCAGGGAAAGCCCUGGACGUUCAUGGCGUCACCUCGCUGACAUCUAAAGACCACUUGAACUUAUUGAUUCGCCAGCCCUACGGCGUUACAGGCGCUAUUAUCCCCUGGAACGUCUCAAUGAUUAUGAUUUGCUUCAAAGUAGGCCCCGCACUCAUCACAGGCAAUACACUUGCGCCGUUGACCUCAAUCCUGUUCGCCAAACUGGCCCAUGAGGCCGGCUUCCCGCCUGGAGUGCUAAACAUCCUGUCUGGGUUCGGUGUGCCCUGCGGAGACGCCAUUGCGCGGCACAUGGACAUCCACAAGAUUGCCUUGACGGGGAGCAAGCAUACUGGGAAGCUUAUCCAGAAGGCGGCGGUAGAUUCAAACCUCAAGUCAUGCAUGCUACAACUAGAUGGAAAGAGCCCCCUUCUCGUGUUCGAGGAUGCCGAACUCAAGAAAGCCGCUGCCUUGGCGGCCUUUUCCAUUGUCUCUAAUUCCAGGCAGGUCUGUAUGGCUUCUUCGCGGGUCUACGUGCAGGAGAGUAUCGUCACCGAAUUUACCCAGCUGUAUGUCCAGGCUAUCCGGCAGCUCUCAGGUCAGCCCGGUAACCCGCUCGAGAAAGAAACGCGGUUCGGGCCCCAGGCGGACGCACAGCAGUUCAAGAACGAGCAGGAGGAUAAACUCAAGAAGCAACACUUUGUUGCUCCCGUCGUCUUCCAGGAUGUGCCAGAGAGUCAUGUUCUGAUGAAAGGCGAAAUUUUCGGCACCGUAUCCUGCCUUAACACCUUCACCAGUGAGGACGAGGUGAUCCGUGCCGCUAACGCCUCCGAAUAUGGCCUCUAUGCCAGCGUCUUCACGCGCGACAUUACCCGAGCCAUCAGGGUCGCCAAGAGCUUUGAGGCAGGCUCUGUGGGCGUCAACACGACAUCGCCGUACUACUGCCAAGACCUGCCCCUGGGCGGGAACAAAGGGUCCGGAACUGGGUGA